AUCACUAGCUGGAUGGAACAGAUGGUAAUGGAUCACCCUGAUGUUGUAACCGUGGUGAAUUAUGGAAAGACCUAUGAAAGCAGGGAUAUUAGCUUGCUCAAGAUUGGCCUGAAUACUGGAAAGGAAAAGAAAGCUAUCUGGAUGGACUGUGGAAUACAUGCCAGAGAAUGGAUCGCUCCAGCCUUCUGCCAGUACUUUGUUAGAGAGAUUCUGCAGACAUACAAAACAGAUGCCAAAAUGGAAGAGAUGAUGAAGAACGUGGACUUCUAUGUCACUCCAGUGCUCAAUAUAGACGGCUACAUCUACACGUGGGAAAAUGAGACAACUCGACUGUGGAGGAAGAACCGGUCACCAGGUCCUGAGGACUGCAGCUGCUAUGGCACCGAUCUCAACCGCAACUUUGAUGCCAACUGGGGAACUAUUGGGGUUUCAUUUAACUGCUGCUCAAAAUUCUACCCUGGAAGCAAAGCUAUGUCUGAGCUCGAGACCAGGGCUGUAACUGACUUUGUAAGAAGCCGAAAGGACAGCUUCCUGUGUUUCCUCAGCAUCCACUCCUAUGGCCAGAUGCUCCUGAUUCCCUACGGACACCCCAACUACACCGCUCCCAACUAUGAUGAACUGAUGAUGGUUGGUCAGGGAGCAACAGAAGCAAUAUGGAAGGUUCACCGAACAAACUACACUGUAGGAACCCCGCCCGAUGUAUUAUACCCCAUAACUGGUUCAGCCACUGACUGGGCUCGGAUGCAGGGGAUCCCUUUAACCUACAUCAUUGAGCUGAGAGACAAUGGGACAUACAGGUUUGAGCUUCCUGAGGAUCAGAUCCAGCCUACAUGCGAGGAGGCCUACAGAGGAGUAUUGUACAUCAUCACCUACGCCCACGACAAGACGUUUAACGGUGCUGUAGCCAACACUGCUGUGACCCUUUCAGGCAUACUGUUGGCAGCAGGUGUCACUGGAGCCACCCUGAGAUGAGAGCUGUUUGAUUUCAGUCAUUCUGCAAUUUGUGGCACUUAUAUUUAGUUCUUCAAGUAAUUUUUCAGAAAUAGAGUUUUAAAGUUUCAUUGCUUUCUAAAAAAGUGCAGUUGAUGUACAACUCUUUGUACUCAAAAAUUCUAAUCCAUGAAGUGUACUUGCAGAGCAUCUCCUCAGCCACUGUACUUUUUCACAUAGUUUAAAGAAAAUGAUUUGAGGUUAUAGCCGUUUUAAUUAGUUGCCAAUACUUGGUGUGUUGAAAUAUUCCCAAGACUAUCAGGACUUUUUUUUGUGUCCAUCUAAGUCUUUUGAAUGCCUUAUAUAAAAAUAAUGUAAAACAAAAUAAAACUACAUAAAACUUAUUUAACAACAUUGAUAUUUACAUGAUAUUUUCAGACAAAGGAGGGACAUUUGAGACAACAACAGUUUUAAAACAGUGUGCCUGUAAUUAUUCUUGAUGAUGGAUAUUGUUUUAUAAAAUGACAUAUAGAAGAUAUACAAUUAAUCUACGUAUAUUAAGAGGCUCCAAGCUCUUUCUGUCUCCUUCAUGCAUGUAUCAUAUGUUCUGUUCAUUGAGGGACUAAGUCUAAAGGAAUGCACAAAUGAUUAAAAUAGACAUUCUGUACUGAAAACAGAUUUCAGGAGUGAUGCAAGGGACAGAUAACAUAACCGUCAGCACAGUGACUGCAGAUUUUUGUGUUUUCUUUUACAUAAAUACAUUUUCUAACACAAAGUAAACAAAAGAUAAAUGAAGCAUUCAAGUGAGUCAAAACUCUGCAUAAAGUUUCCAGGGUGAGCAUCCCUCUGGUCCCCACUUAAUGCCCAAUCUCCUAAUGUGCAAACAAAACCUUCACCCAUGGCUGAAGACAGUUACUAAUUAAUAUGAAUCUACAGCUACACUGUAAAAGCUAAUUUGGCUUUAUUUGAAAUGUUCUCCCAUUUUUGAGUUGAUGAAACUGAUUGUUGCUAAAUAACUGAAGCUACUUUGUAGAGUAAACAAGGCCCACUUUAAUGUGUGACUUCAGAGAAUGUAUUUGUACUGUGUGCAUCGACUGCACUGUAGCGUUUCAGCUUUUUAAAUGCAUUUCCCUUCAACUUCCUAUAGUGUGGAAUUAAAGAUUAAAUAUCAUAGUUUAUUCACUGAACAACAGAGUUUUUGCUC